AUGAGCAGGCCCCCCUGGAAGAGUCAGCUGUGUGAGAUGGUGCAGCCCAGCGGCGGCCCGGCAGGGGACCAGGACGUGCUGGGUGAAGAGUCUUCUCUGGGGAAGCCAGCUAUGCCCCACCUACCUUCUGAGCAGGGCACUCCUGAGACCUUCCAACGCUGUGUGGAGGAGAAUCAAGAGCUCCGAGAUGCCAUCCGGCAGAGCAACCAGAUGCUUCGGGAGCGCUGUGAGGAGCUGCAACGUUUCCAAGGCAGCCAGAGGAAGGAGAAGGAGUUCCUCAUGCAGAAAUUUCAGGAAGCCAGGAAACUGGUGGAGAGACUGAGCCUGGAGAAGCUCGACCUGAGGAGACAGAGGGAGCAGGCCCUGCAGGAGGUGGAACAUCUGAAGAGAUGCCAGAAGUUGGCUGAGGACAAGGCGUCAGUGAAAGCCCAGGUGACGUCCUUGCUGGGGGAGCUCCAAGAGAGCCAGAGUCGCUUGGAGGCCGCCAUCAAAGAGCGACAGGCUUUGGAGGGCAGGGCCCGGGCUGCCAGCGAGCAGGCCCGGCAGCUGGAGAGUGAGCGGGAGGCCCUGCAGCAGCAGCACAGCGUGCAGGUGGACCAGCUGCGCAUGCAGAGCCAGAGCGUGGAGGCCGCGCUGCGCAUGGAGCGCCAGGCCGCCUCGGAGGAGAAGCGGAAGCUGGCGCAGCUACAGGUGGCCUAUCACCAGCUCUUCCAGGAGUACGACAGCCACAUCAAGAGCAGCGUGGUGAGCAGCGAGCGGAACCGAGGACUGCAGCUGGAGGACCUGAAGCAGCAGCUGCAACAGGCCGAGGAGGCCCUGGUGGCCAAGCAGGAAGUGAUUGACAAGCUGAAGGAAGAGGCCGAGCAGCACAAGAUAGUGAUGGAGACCGUUCCGGUGCUGAAAGCCCAGGCGGACAUCUACAAGGCCGACUUCCAGGCCGAGAGGCAGGCCCGGGAGAAGCUGGCAGAGAAGAAGGAGAUUCUGCAGGAGCAGCUGGCCCAGCUGCAGCGGGACUACAGCCGCCUGAAGGCCAGCUGCCAGGAGUCUGCCAGGAUUGAAGAUAUGAGGAAGCGGCACGUGGAGGCCUCCCAGGCCCCCGUAGCCCCUGCCCCAGCUCACCCCUCCUUCCACCUGGCCCUGCCCAACCAGAGGAGAAGCCCCCCCGAGGAGCCGCCUGACUUCUGUUGCCCCAAGUGCCAGUAUCAGGCUCCCGAUAUGGACACCCUGCAGAUACAUGUCAUGGAGUGCAUCGAGUAGGGCCGCCUGCUGACGAGUAGCACGGGGCCGCACGGUGCGUG